UUAAUGAGGUGCUAGGCAGCAGUCACUGUCCCCACCCUGUCGCCACGCCACUUCCUUUUGCCCCAUGUCGCCUGCAGGGAUGGGAAACCCUGGUGUUCAGAAAUACCCGGCCAGCCUCACAAGCUGGGGGGGUAACGAGGGCCUGUAGAACCGUUCUCACAUUCUGGCUCCUAAAUUGGCCACCCAUCUCAGGAGUCUCGCCGUCGUCCUCCCCGACCCCCCAGCCCCCAGGAUGGCAGGAGGAGCGGGGCAAGCUGCGAGUCACAGGCUGUCCCUCUCCUCGUACAGACACGCCAGGUUCUCAGACCCAGCCCAUGGACUUGAGGGUGGGUCAGCGGCCUGCAGUGGAGCCCCCACCAGAGGCCCCGCUGCUGGCCCUGCAGCACCCCCAGCGCCUGCAACACCACCUCUUCCUAGCAGGCCUGCAGCAGCAGCAGCGCUCAGCCGAGCCCAUGAGGCUCUCUAUGGACCCGUCGAUGCCUGAACUGCAAGGUGGGCAGCAGGAGCAAGAGCUGCGACAGCUUCUCAAUAAGGACAAGAGCAAGAGAAGUGCUGUAGCCAGCAGUGUGGUCAAGCAGAAACUGGCUGAGGUGAUCCUGAAGAAACAGCAGGCAGCCCUGGAGAGGACAGUCCACACCAACAGCCCCAGCAUUCCCUACAGAACUCUCGAGCCCCUGGACACGGAAGGAGCUGCCCGCUCCAUGCUCAGCAGCAUUCUGCCUCCCAUUCCCAGCCUGCCCAGUGACCCCCCGGAACACUUCCCCCUGCGUAAGACAGCCUCUGAGCCCAACCUGAAGCUGCGCUAUAAGCCCAAGAAGUCCCUGGAGCGGAGGAAGAACCCACUGCUCAGGAAGGAGAGUGCCCCAUCCAGUCUCCGGAGGCGACCUGCGGAGCCCCUUGGAGACUCCUCCCCCAGUAGUAGCAGCACGCCUGCGUCAGGGUGCAGCUCCCCCAAUGACAGCGAGCAUGGCCCCAACCCUGUCCUGGGCUCCGAGGCGCUCUUGGGCCAGCGGCUGCGGCUGCAGGAGACUUCUCUGGCCCCAUUCGCCUUGCCGACAGUGUCCUUGCUGCCCGCAAUUACACUGGGGCUGCCCGCCCCCGCCAGGGCUGAUGGUGACCGCAGGACCCAUCCGACUUUGGGCCCUCGGGGUCCAGUCUUGGGGAGUCCCCAUACUCCCCUCUUCCUGCCCCAUGGUCUGGAGCCCGAGGCGGGGGGCACCUUGCCCUCUCGCCUGCAGCCCAUUCUCCUCUUGGAUCCCUCAGUCUCUCAUGCCCCCCUGCUGACCGUGCCUGGGCUUGGGCCCCUGCCCUUCCACUUUGCCCAGUCCUUACUGACCACCGAGCGGCUCUCUGGGUCAGGCCUCCACCGGCCGCUGAGCCGGACCCGCUCAGAGCCCUUGCCCCCCAGCGCCACUGCCCCCCCCCUGCUGGGCCCCCUGCAGCCCUGCCUGGAGCAGCUGGAACCUCACUUCCAGUUGAUCAAGAGAACGGCCAAGCCAAGUGAGAAGCCGAGGCUACAGCAGAUACCCUCAGCUGAGGACCUGGAGACGGAUGGCGGGGGAGCCGGCCAGGUGGUAGAUGGUGGCCUGGAACACAGGGAGCAGAGUCAUAGGCAGCCUGAGGCCAGGGGCCUGGUUCCUCUCCAGCAACACCAGCAGGUGUUGCUCCAGGAACAGCAGCGUCUGGCUGGGCGGCUGCCCCGGGGAAGCUCUGGGAACUCUGUGCUGCUUCCUCUGUCCCAGGUUGGACACCGGCUCUUGUCCAGGACUCAGUCCUCCCCAGCUGCGCCUGCCUCACUACCAACCCCAGAGCCCACUUGCCAGGCCCGAGUCCUCUCCAGCUCAGAAACCCCUGCCAAAACCCUGCCCUUCAUUACAGGGCUAGUCUAUGACUCCGUAAUGCUGAAGCACCAGUGCUCCUGUGGAGACAACAGCCGGCACCCAGAGCACGCUGGCCGCAUCCAGAGCAUCUGGUCCCGGCUGCAGGAGCGUGGCCUCCGAAGCCAGUGUGAGUGUCUCCGGGGCCGGAAGGCCUCCCUAGAGGAGCUGCAGUCCGUGCACUCUGAGCGGCACAUGCUCCUCUAUGGCACCAACCCACUCAGCCGCCUCAAACUGGACAACGAGAAGCUGUCAGAGCUCCUGGCACAGCGGAUGUUUGUGAUGCUGCCCUGUGGUGGGGUUGGGGUGGACACCGACACCAUCUGGAAUGAGCUACAUUCUUCCAAUGCAGCCCGUUGGGCUGCUGGCAGUGUCACUGACCUCGCCUUCAAAGUGGCUUCCCGGGAGCUCAAGAAUGGCUUUGCUGUGGUGCGGCCCCCAGGACAUCACGCAGAUCAUUCCACGGCCAUGGGCUUCUGCUUCUUCAACUCAGUGGCCAUUGCCUGCCGGCAGCUGCAACAACAAGGCAAGGCGAGCAAGAUCCUCAUCGUAGACUGGGAUGUUCACCAUGGCAACGGCACCCAGCAAACCUUUUACCAGGACCCGAGUGUGCUCUACAUCUCCCUGCACCGCCAUGAUGAUGGCAACUUCUUCCCUGGCAGUGGGGCGGUGGAUGAGGUUGGAGCCGGCAGUGGUGAGGGCUUCAAUGUCAAUGUGGCCUGGGCUGGAGGCCUAGACCCUCCCAUGGGGGAUCCAGAAUACCUGGCUGCGUUCAGGAUAGUUGUGAUGCCCAUCGCCCAAGAGUUCUCUCCUGAUCUGGUCCUGGUGUCAGCUGGGUUUGAUGCUGCUGAGGGUCACCCAGCCCCACUGGGUGGCUACCAUGUUUCUGCCAAAUGUUUUGGGUACAUGACACAGCAGCUGAUGAACUUGGCAGGAGGUGCAGUGGUGCUGGCCUUGGAGGGUGGCCAUGACCUCACAGCCAUCUGUGAUGCCUCUGAGGCCUGUGUGGCUGCUCUUCUGGGCAACAAGGUGGACCCCCUUUCAGAUGAAAGCUGGAAACAAAAACCAAACCUCAAUGCCAUCCGCUCUCUCGAAGCUGUGAUCCGGGUGCACAGUAAAUACUGGGGCUGCAUGCAGCACCUGGCCUCCUCUCCAGAUCUCUGGGCAUCCAGGGUACCAGGGGCUGAUGAAGAAGUAGAGGCUGUGACUGCACUGGCAUCCCUCUCUGUGGGCAUCCUGGCUGAAGACAGGCCCUCAGAGCAACUGGUGGAAGAGGAAGAACCGAUGAAUCUCUGAGGCCUUGGAACAAAUCAGCCCACCCACCUUGCCCUUCGGACACAGCUCUCUCCAAGCCUCUACCACCAGCCCCAUUCCUGGGUCUUCAGUGAUCAUGUGGGCAGGUAGUUGGGGCCAGAGAACAGCCUGCCUUAACAGUCAACCCACCCAGGGAGCUUGAGAAGGCCCCUGGGCCUAGGAUGGGUCAAAGGUGGAGUAGAGAGGACCCUGAGAGGAGGCAGGCUGGGUACCAGCCCCAGCAGGGCUCACUCAAGAACAGAGGGAGCCCCCCUGGAGUCUGGGCCCCCAGCUGUGGCCUCCAUCCCUCAGGACUGCACAGAGGAGGACUGGCUCGGGAUGGCCCAUCCUUAACCACUAUUCUUGGCUCUGCAGACCCCAGACUUUGCACACAGCCCCAGGCUCCAUGCAGAAAUGUGAACUUGGCCUCAGCCAGGGUGGCCCUUCCUAGGUGCUGCAGGCUGGCUGGGAGGGGAGGGGGGUUCCCUACUCCUGAGUGCGGAGGCAGUCAUUCCCUCUGACGCCUCGAAGUUUGCUGGGCCACUGGGUUCUGACAGCCUCUCUGAGAUGCUGAGAGCCGUCAUCUGCAGCCUCCCAUCUGGUUUCUGCCCCCACCAGAGGCCACCUGGUGUCAACCAUCUCAAUUCCCUGGUGGGGCAGACAGGUGCUCUCAGAGUCCUGCGCUUCCUGAUCCAAUGGUGGCAAACCUUCAUCUCCCCUCAGAAGCACAGCAUGACCCCCAGGGAACCCCUCAGUCACUGCCAUUUCCGUGAGCCUCUUUUCUGGGGUCUCUCCAUCCCUGCUCUGUCUCCUGCCUCACAUAGGACUAGCUUGGCUGAGGGGAAGAGGGUGGGAAAGUAGACACAGAAAUGGGGGAGGGGAGAUUGCCCUGGCAAAGUUUUCAAGGCUCUUGGGGUCCCUUCCUGGGGCUAAGAAGGAAAGUAUUGUGUAUAUGUGUAUGUAUGAAUGAGUGUAUGUGUGUGUGUGUGUGUGUGUUCCCCAGGACC